AUGGCUGCUGCAACAGCACGACCGCAAGGCGCAAGGCCCAUGCCUUCAUCUUCUGGCUCUGGUGGCAGUGGCGGCGGCAGCGGCGGCGGCGGUGGUGCUAUGCCUUACUAUGGAGGUGCUGGUGCUUUUGCUGGUCCCACCAAGGAAGCGGCUUGGUACGAGCAUGAAGAGCGUAUGCGUCCUUCCUACAUUCAACAGCCUCCUCCUCCUCCUCCUCCUCCUCAACCUCUCGCUCAGCCUAUGCACUACAACCGGCCCUACACUUCCAGAGGUCAACCUCCCGUCAGCCCAUCUGCCUAUGCCAACUCCAACGCACACUUCGCUCCUCAACAACCACAACAGCCAGCAUACCCCAAUCCUCACCACUCCCAGUCACAGGCAUAUCAACAAGCACCGCCUCAACGCAGCUCUCCCCCCUAUCCGCCCCACAUGACGCUACAACAACAAUCUCCUUACCAGCCUGCCGAGGCGCAGUAUACCCCGAAGCUGCCUCCCCCUCCGCAACGAUAUGCUCAAGCUGCUCCUCCUCAGUCCUCAAGGCCACCUCCCUCUCCCUCGGCCAAGUAUGCAAACCCUCACCUUAACAGUGCGCCCUCCCGUUUCGCUCAGAACCCCUCUUAUCGCGACUCGGACGACAUGCCUCGCUCCGCUGUCAAGGGCAGCGCAUUCAUGCACAAGGGCUUCUGGGAUAUCAUGUCGCUCGUCAACAAUCAGGGUCCUUCGAACAACCGUCUCGCCCCUCCUUCUUCAUCAAAUGCCGGACGUCCUUCGUCUCCGGGCAAAUUCCGCUCCACGCUCAGCAAAGCUUCCGGUGCUCUGCGCAAGAAUACCCAGGACAACUUCCAAGCCGGUCCCGAGUACGGCUAUGCUCCCAACGGCAACCCAUCGCCUCGCGCUCCCGCCUCUCCUACCAAAGAGCCUUCUGCAUCGGCUCUUCCAGGUGCUUGGCCUCGCCCCGCUUUUGCUUCUCCUUCCACUCACGCAGCUAAUGCUUCCGCUGUGAGCACCGCUCUCAACUUCUUUGCUCCCGCCGUUAUGGGUCCUAGAGCACAGAAGAAGCGUAUCAGCAUCGACAUGGUCGGUUCGCCUCAGACUCAGACCUUUGUCCACGCUGCUCAUGCUAGCGAUGCCGAACAAGCCGAAAUCAUCCUCAACAGAUGGAGUCGUGAUGGUGUUGGAAAAGUCGCUGAUCCUACUUGGGUUGAGCCCAUCAAGGAGGCUCUGCGUCUUCAAGCUGCCAGAAACCAGGCUGAAGCCAUUGCUCAGGUACAAGCCGCUAUGCAUCAAGACAGUUUGAUUCACGAGAACCCUCGGCAGUUGCAAAUCGUCAAUGGUGCUCCGAGCCAGAUCUCGAUGCUCACCACCACCACCACCACCACCACCACCACCACCACUGCUACUGCCGGUCACAGCACUCUUUCCAACACUACAAUCCGUGCCAAUGUUGGUCAAGGUGCUCCCUUAUCACCUGCACGCGAGUGCAAUGCUUUCGCUCGUAUCGCAGAAGAGCCUCAUUCUGGCAUCGAUUCGGAGCUCGAAGCUGCUAUCCAUGCCCAGCUUGCACUUGGUAUUUCCUCCUCGACUCCACCUCCUCCUCAGCCCGCAUUUGCCAAACCUCCUACUCUCCGCACCAACACAGCUGGAACUUUGCUCGUCAACCCCUCUCCACCCGUUGCACGCGAUGGAAAUGCUCGAACUCCAGACUACAUGAUGCACCGUCCGCCCUCACCCAACACCGAUGGUACACCAACUGCUGCAUUCAACCGCAACAGUCGCAACAUUGACGGUCUCCCUUCUGGCGCCCCUCAUGCCAUCAAUGCCAUGUUUGAAGCCCCCGCUCCUGCACCAGAGCGACCCAACUCGAUGGUCAUCUUGGACUCUCUACGCUCAAUCGACACUGCAGGUAUGACUUGCCUCGCCGACUUCUCUCAGCCUAUCGGUGCAGCUGUUCGACCAUCCCUCGAGACCGUCGAGAAGAGUGUCGCGGCAAAAAUCUACUUCGAGAACCUCUACUAUGGAAUCCUUAAAAAGCCCAAAGCGCGUGACACACGUCGUGCCGGUCUCGAAGCCGAGCUCGCCUCGCUCCGCAUUCCCGAAAGUAACAAGGAGCAAAUCCGCGAAGCGUGGAUGGCCAACGAAACGCGCUACCUCCGAGACCUACGUGCAAGAGUCAACGUCAACUCGUUCCUCAAGCUCAAAACCAUCGGUCAUGGUGCAUUCGGUGUUGUUGCCUUGUGCAAGGAACGCCAAUCGGGUCAACUUUAUGCGAUGAAACAGCUGAGGAAGGCUGAUAUGCUACGUAAAGGUCAAGAAGGACACGUCCGCGCCGAAAGAGAUCUUAUGACGAGUGCCUCUGCUAGUGCGAGUGCAAAGUGGAUUGUAAAAUUGGUCUAUUCGUUCCAGGAUGUAGACCAUCUUUAUUUGAUUAUGGAGUUUAUGGGUGGUGGAGAUCUGCUCAACCUUCUCAUUGAGAAAGACAUCUUUCAGGAGGACUUUGCGAGGUUUUAUGUGGCAGAGAUGAUUCUGGCCAUUCAUGAAGCUCAUUCGUUCGGAUAUAUCCACAGGGAUAUCAAGCCGGAUAAUUUCCUUUAUACUUCGGAUGGUCAUAUCAAACUCGCCGACUUUGGUCUCUGUCAAUCUUUCCACUGGGCUCACGACGGCGCAUACUACGAUCAGCAACGGAAGAAUCUUCUAAAAAAGCACGGCAUUGAUUUGGACGAUUCUCAUGCGGCUGCGGGGAUGCUGAGGGCGAGGCAGAAUACCGGUCGUGGCGGUGCUAGGCCGGCUCAAGCUGGUGCCGGGUUGAGCGAUAAGGAGUUGUUAGAGAUCAUGUCGGAUCGUAACCCGGACGGAACACCAAUGACGCAUGUCCUCACUUGGAGAGAGAAGAACAAGAAGAAAAUCGCUUACUCGGUGGUAGGAACGAACAACUAUAUGGCACCAGAAGUGUUGAGGGGAUUGGGUUAUGAUCAGGCUUGCGAUUGGUGGAGUUUGGGUGUCAUCGUUUUCGAGAUGUUGUACGGCUACCCUCCUUUCGUUUCAAAGUCGAGGCAUCUUACGAGGCAGAAGAUCUUAAACUGGAAGCAAACACUUAGGUUCCCACCCAAGCCUCGCAUCUCGAGGGAAGGGCAGGAUUUCAUCGCCCGUUUAGUCUGCGAACGCGAGGAUCGUCUAGGCAGCACAGCAUCCGCUUCGGUCUCCCGCCCCAACUCCUACCUCCAGUCAGCCCGACGAUCCGGUUUCACCAACCAAAACACCUGCACUCCCCAAGGCAGCGGCUUGCAAGACGGAGUGGAAGAACUCAUGUCUCAUCCUUGGUUCCGCGGGAUCGACUGGGACAACCUCCACAAAAGCCGACCACCCUUCCGACCAGCCCUUUCGCAUCCUGGCGACACAAAACAUUUCGAAGACGAUAUCGAAGAUGCUCCCCUCCCCGCUCCCGGUGCUGUUGAUAAUCCAAAUGCGGACCAGCCAAGAGAUCCGAUGCUAAGGGACAGAGAACAAGGACCGAAGCUGUUGGAGAUGAGGAAACAACUCGCCUUUGUUGGGUACACGUUUAAGAGUCCAAAGGCGUUCGAUCCGAGAGAACAGCUGGAUGAGGAUAGGGUAGCUGCUGCGGAGAGAGCUGCUGGCUAUAAGGUGGGAGGAGAGAGGCGUAGGAGUAGGGAGCCGACUGAGAUGGGAAGUCGGAUUAGGAGUAUGUCGAUGUAA